CAGCGCGCCCUUGCGCGCUGAGGGAGGAGUGUGAGCCGCGGGCCGGGAGGCGCAGAAGCUCCGGUAACACGGACUGGGAGGGGGAGAGGAAGGGGCGGGGCAGAGAGUCCUCCAGAGUGCGGGGUCGCGGUCCGGACCCGGAGCGGGAGCCCUAGAGAUGCUCAGCGUCUCUUCUUCUCCCAUCAGGCCCUGCCUGGCGAUGGAGUUUCCGGACCUCGGGGCUCACUGUUCCGAGCCGAGCUGUCAGCGCUUGGAUUUUCUGCCGCUCAAGUGCGACGCCUGCUCGGGCAUCUUCUGUGCAGAUCAUGUGGCCUACGCUCAGCAUCACUGUGGAUCUGCUUACCAAAAGGAUAUCCAAGUACCUGUGUGCCCACUUUGUAAUGUGCCUGUGCCUGUGGCCCGAGGGGAGCCCCCUGACCGUGCGGUGGGAGAGCAUAUUGACCGAGACUGUCGCUCGGAUCCGGCACAGCAAAAACGUAAGAUCUUCACCAAUAAGUGUGAACGCUCUGGCUGUCGGCAGCGGGAAAUGAUGAAACUGACCUGUGAAUGCUGUGGCCGAAACUUCUGCAUCAAGCACCGUCAUCCACUGGACCACGAUUGCUCUGGGGAGGGGCACCUAACCAGCCAGGCAGGACUUGCUGCCAUUUCCAGAGCACAAGGUCUGGCUUCUACUACAAGCACCAUCCCCAGCCCGAGUCGGACUUUGCCUUCAUCUACCUCUCCCAGCAGAGCCACAGCCCAGUCUCCUCCAUGGACAGCUCCUCCAGUGAUUGCUUUGCAGAAUGGCUUGAGUGAGGAUGAGGCUCUGCAGCGAGCCCUGGAACUGUCUCUGGCAGAGACCAAACCCCAGGUUCCAAGUUCUCAGGAGGAAGAGGACUUAGCUUUAGCACAAGCACUGUCAGCCAGUGAGGCAGAGUACCGACGGCAGCAGGCUCAGAGCCGCAGCUUGAAGCCAUCCAACUGCAGCCUGUGCUAGGGCCUUGGGCUUGGGGAGGGAGGCUCAGCUGAGGAGGACUGUGGCCCUCACACCUCCAGGGUCCACCAUGAGAGGGGGCCAGGAGCAGCCUGGAACGAAGAUGAGGAGUGACACGGAGGCCGCCUCCAGGGAGCAUCAGGAACAGCUUGUGGAACCGGGCCUGCAGAAGACCCUGCUGGCCUCUCCAGCUACGUGGGACAGUGGCUGUGAACUGUUCCCUGGUUGGGCCCUUCAGAGGAUGCUGGCCAGGCCCCGCAUCAUGUCAUCCCCCUUACCCUGGGGCUGCCCGCUGCGUAGGGGGAAGGGAGGGGCCUGGAAAGAAUAAAGGAUGUUGCAGUCAAUACAA